AUGUCACGAAGUGGGGCUGUCAGCAUCAACUUGGAUGACGUUUUUAGCAACCUUCCAACAUUGACCACUGGCGACAAUUUCAAGUCGUCCGAGGCCGGAAGUAGAAGCCGUAAAACAACUGCCUCAAGUGUGUCCACUGUGAGAGAAGUUCCUAUCGGGAAUGGAGUUCGCUCGAACACUACCUCCACUGUUGUUGGCCACCAUCAACAUCAUCAACAAGCAGUGUCUGCACCACCACCACCGGUCAACGCAACCCCAAUUUCUCACUACUACGACGCUACUCCAACUGCUGACCCACUUUUGGAUUCGAUUUUCUCCGCUGUGACUCUCCCAACUGUCAAUCUGAACGGAGGUCAUGACGAUGCUCUCCGUCACCUAGACGAAGCUCUUUAUGGAGAAGACCACGAAUCCAUCGUCAGUGAGCCACCAUUCCAGGCCCCGAGUCAUGUUAGCUCGUCACAUGUAACUUCCCAUGUCAGCUCUCAUGGACACAACUACGCCAGCGCUAACCACCCACAAAAUGCUUCGAGCGUAGUGUCCAAUGGUUCUGCCGUCAAGCACUACGACGCUUAUGGAUCUGAGCCCCAACCGGAUUACGAGGAUGAGAAAAGUGACCAUUUCAAUCUUCAUCAUCAAUACCCAGUGAGAUCUGUGCCCAUCAACCGCGAUCGCUCGAACACCCUCGACAGUGCUGCAUCGUUUGCCGAGAGCCGUUUCGGACAAUUCGACGUCCACGACGACCAUGACCGUUACAAUGGAGAGGAAAUCAACCUCCAUCAUAACGAAGUUGCUUACGAGCGCCCAGAAGCCACUCACGUUUUUAGCUCCCCAGGAAGCGUCGUAUCUCAUCACACCCAGGCUUCUUUCCAUACUGGCGGAACUCAGAAAUUGAGAAAUCUUCAACGCCAAGUCGAGGAUGCUCGUCAAAAGAAAGCUCAACUUUCUCACCAAGUCGAACGCCAACGCGCUGACAACGACCGAGUAGCUCAUGCUAAUUUGGCUCGUGAGGCUUCACUUAAAGUUCACAACAUUGGACAAGGAGCUAAGCCACUCGGUUACCAUGUGCGCUCUUACAGUCAUGAUCAUCAUGACCAUCAUCAUCAUCUUCCACCGCAGCCAAAAUCAAGUCACUCUUCCAAGAGCGUCGACUCUAGCAUCUACGAAGAGGAGGAAGUUCGUGUCAGUCCACUCGCUGCCAAGCAGAAGGCUUCUGGAGAGCAUAUUGCCAAUAGCGGAAAGUACGAGCUCAUCGUCCCACAAUACUAUGUUGUUGAAAACUUCUCCAAGAAUGAUAAGAUUAACAAAGUCAUUAUUGGAGGAGACGCUCCAAGCAGCGACGAUGACAAAACUCUUCUCUUGUUCGGACCCGUCGGAUCUGGAAAGACUUCUGCUAUCACUAGCAUGAUGAACUUCUUGUAUGACAUCAAGAAGGAGAACAAUUUCAGAUUUGUUUUGGACGAACAUGUGAACGCCACCACUGGGCUCACCGCCUACGUGUUCAACAACACCGUUCUUCCGUACAACGUCACUGUUGUUGACACGCCUGGAGUCGAGGACCGAAUGGGAAAUAAGACUGUUUCUAGGCUAAUCAAGCAAUGGUUUGAGAAGGAGCUUUUGGAGUCUGGAGCUUUCCGUUUGGAUGCGAUCUCUAUUGUCCUGAAGCACGACGAGAAUCAAUUGGGAUGGCCAUUCAUCUAUGAACUCGCUGAUGUGAAGAGAAUGUUUGGAGAUGACUUGAAAACCAAUGUGCUCCCAAUCAUUACCAAUUCUGAAGUCCUCCCACAACCCAUCGCCAUUAAAUCGCUCACCCAAGCCAACAUCUCCUUCCUCGAGUACUACAAAGUGAACAACUCUGGAUUUGCGCCACUCCCAACUGGAAUCUCAAAGCUUCAACAUAACCUCUACUGGACUCACGGAACGGCCUCCUUGGAGAAUCUUUUCAGAGAUUUGCAAGAAACCGUCCACCCACUCGUUGCCAUUCUCCGACACAACAAGGGACAGAAAGUGGAACAGGCUCCAGUGUUCGCCGACAAAGUUUUGUAUUAA